AAAACUGAUAUCAAAACGAAAUUGACAAAUGACAUUAUUGACAUGACAAUGACAGUACAUAUUUUGAUGGAGAGAUAUUUAUUUUUAUUUGUUCAUCGAGGUUAUAAAUUAUAAAACACGUAAUUUGAAUUUUUUAAGUGCUAAAAACAAUAAAAAUACUUUCAUAAUGAGCAGUACGCGAUCAUUAGUUCUACAGACCUUUAAAAAGUUACAUAAAACAAGAAUGAAAGUUUUUGCUGGCGAUGAAAGAGCACUUGUAGCCGGAAGACAUAAAAUUAAUGAAGAGUUCAAAAAAAAUAAACAUGUUACGAAUGAAGAAGCAAUAAAUGCUAUGAUCAAACUUGGUGAAGAUGUAGAGAAAGAACUAAGAACACAGGUUAUUCAAGCUCGGGAAGUCAAACCUGGGGUGUUUGAGGCAAGAAUCACUGAUGACACAGUUAAGUUAGAAAAUAUUCCAUUCAAUGACAAUGCAGUAUUAGAAGAUGGAACAACUGUGAACAGGCCUUGUUGUCAAGACAAAGCCCAAAAUAAAUAGUUUAUGCUAUCCAGUUGAUGAAAACAUAGCAAUGAUUUAUUUAAUAAAAUAUGUGGAUUUCUGUACAUGGUAGCAUUAGUUGCUUAGUCUUUUUUUUAUUGUUAUUUAGUUAUU